GGGGGUCCCCGCCUCUCGCCGCGCUCUGGAAUGCGGGCAGAGGGAGAGCUCCGGGCCAGGCGCAACCAUCUGCUGACAGGGGGGAGGGCGCAGAAUCACAAUUCUAAAAGAGACGGGAGAAAGAGGAAGAGCCGGUGAUUAGACCGAGAGACCCUCCACAGGAUUCUUUAAGCCCUACUCCGCGUCCCGGACUCCCCGUCGGCGCCCCACGCCUGCCAUCCGCUCUGUCACCUUCCCCGAGGCGCCCCCUCCCGUCCGGGCUGGCGCACCGAGGCGAAGGAGCAUGGCCGCUAGGCUUCCUUCCGGUUCGCGAGCGGAGGCCGGAAGUGGCCGUACUGCGGAGUCUGGAAAGUUAGAAAGUCUGGGAGGGCGGCAGCGGCGGAGCUUCGCGGAGACGCUCACUCUCGGUUCUCGCGGCUGAGCAGGGAUUUAACCGCCACCAUGUCUAGCAAAAGGGCAAAGACCAAGACCACCAAGAAGCGCCCUCAGCGCGCAACCUCCAAUGUGUUCGCCAUGUUUGACCAGUCCCAGAUCCAGGAGUUCAAAGAAGCCUUUAACAUGAUUGACCAGAACCGGGAUGGCUUCAUUGACAAGGAGGACCUGCACGACAUGCUGGCGUCAAUGGGAAAAAACCCAACUGACGAAUACCUGGACGCCAUGAUGAACGAGGCCCCGGGCCCCAUCAAUUUCACCAUGUUCCUCACCAUGUUUGGGGAGAAGCUGAACGGCACUGACCCCGAGGACGUCAUCAGAAACGCCUUCGCUUGCUUUGAUGAGGAAGCCAUCGGCACCAUCCAGGAGGAUUACCUGAGGGAGCUGCUGACCACCAUGGGCGACCGCUUCACAGACGAGGAGGUGGAUGAGCUGUACAGAGAGGCCCCCAUUGACAAAAAGGGGAACUUCAACUACAUUGAGUUCACACGCAUCCUGAAGCACGGCGCGAAAGACAAAGAUGACUGAAGAGCUGCGGCGGCUUCCAGCCCAUUGCUCCCGUUGCCAUUGGGGUAUUUCUGAGAUUUUCUCCUGGAGCCCAAUGCAUGCCCUAGCUUUACUGCUUUUUGCCUUUCUUGUUUUAUAUUUAUUCUCAGCCAUUUUGGGCCACAUGUACCUUAUAAUACUGGAAAUGGGACCUUCUGUCAUUGUGAUGAGAAAGUAAGUUCAUUUAACUUACAGGCAGUCUUGUCCCUUGUAAUAACUGCAGCCCAGAAUCAAUAUAUUUUUUCAGAGAAAGUUAUCCACUCAAUUUUUUCUGAUUUAUAAUUAAACUUUCUGAUAAAAUGCUUAGUUGUUUAGCGUUAUUUGCCACUUGACUUUUAGUUUCACGUACGCCUUUCUCUCUAAGCACCGUGGGCCAAGUGAAUGACAGUCCUGUCAGGGUUUGGUCCGACUGCUUCCAGUUGUGUUAUUAAAGCAAUCCUGGUUUUCUCUGCUCCUGUUCAUUUCUCCCUCCAGGGAAAUCAGAUAAAGCCCGAGUUGGGGGCCCUAGACUUUGUCUUUCUUUUGGAAGAUAGUUCCUGCAGAAUUGUGACCCUGCAUUAGCUCUGCCGCCAGCUGGACGGACCUGCUUUACCUCGUCCAUGUAAACUUCCUGCCACCGAAACUAGCAGCCGCUGAGCACACUAAGUUUUCUGUGUUCUAUUUUAAAGGUUCUUUGGAAUGCUUUUAACAAAAAGGACAGAUUUCGCUGUGUUUCCAGCUGUUGGAAAUAUAGUAUUUUUUUUUGUAUACAGUUUUUCCUUAUUAUAACAACCCCUAUUAAAAGACCUGUUUGUUUAUACA